AUGUUACUGUCAGCUUCGGCAUAUGAUGCGGAUAAUGAGAUGUUGCCGUUUGCAAUAGCAGUGGUGAAGGGAGAGAAUCUUGAUGACUGGACGUGGUUUUUUCACAAGAUUAAACAAAUUGUUGGUUCAAUGCAACUGACUAUUGUGUCAGAUAGACAUAAUUCUAUAAUUGGUGCUGUGCAAGCAAUAUUUGGGGGUGAAAGGCAUGCAUACUGUUAUAGGCAUGUGAAGGAGAACUUUAGCUCUGAAUAUAUGAAAUUAAACAGAGGUCGGAGAAGGACAAGUGAAAAUUCAAAGGAAGAUGCAUUAAAGGUACUGGAUAAAGUGGCUUAUGCAAGACUUGCGGAUGAGUUUGAUCAUGCGCUGGAUGAUCUCAGAACCAUGUCUCAUGAGUUAUAUGAGUGGGUUAUCAAUCAAGGUGAUGUGGAUAGGUGGGCAUUGAGCAAGUUCCCAUAUAGAAGGUGGGACAACAUAACAACUAAUUUAGCUGAAUCUUUUAAUGCUUGGAUGGUAAGGGAGAGGAAGCAUAACGUGGCCCAAAUGAUCCAUGAGCACCGGGAGAAAGUAGCAAGAAAGAUGCAUGCAUCAUAUGCAGCAAUGACUAAGUGGAGUAAUUGCGUUGGGCCAAAAAUAGAGGCAAAAGUAUUGGAGCAUGUGUAUUUCGGUAGGUACAUGCACUGUGAGAAUUAUGGAGGGGGAAGAAUAUGCGUGCACACAUCACGUGGAGACCAAAGAGUGGACCUUGGCCUACACAAAUGUAGCUGUGGAACUUGGCAAAUGUUAGGGAUUCCAUGCUCACAUGCUUGUGCAGCCAUUAAGACCAUAGGGGGAAACGUUUAUGAUUAUGUUGAAGAGUGUUACAAACGUUCAUCCCAAGAAAAAAUCUAUGCCCGGAGCAUGGUUCCAGUGGUGACAAUUGAUAUGCCUCACCUGAAUGACUAUACGUUUGAGAAUCUUACUGCUCAACCCUUGCUUUUACCCCCAGAGCAGGAUGUUAGUAGAUGUGCACAUAUAUUUUUUGUUACUUCUAUGUUUGGGACAAAGGGACAUUAA